AUGUCUCGCGCCGCCGCCCGCCUCCUCGCCCGCGCCGCCGCCGCGCCCGCGCCCGCGCCCGCGCCGCCCGCGUCCGCGCGCGCGAUCGCGAGCGCGGCGAACGACGCGACGUUUUCUUUCGGAAAAGCGCAAGCCCAGUUUUACGAUGACGUCCUCGUCGAUGGCGUCUUCAAGCCCUGGACGGAGAGCGUGUUCGCGACGUCGCGACCGGUGACCGGUGACGCGGUCUUAGACGUCGCGUGCGGCACGGGCGUGGUGGCGCGCGAGUGCGCGGCGUUGGUGGGAGAAUCGGGUAAAGUGACGGCGAUCGAUAACUCGCCCGGGAUGCUGGCGCGCGCGAAAGCGAAUCCGGCGUCGAGAGGUAUCGAGUAUUUGGAAUUCGACGCGUGCGCGCCGACGCUCCCGCGGCGCGCGUUCGAUCGAGCGUACUGUCAGCAAGGCUUACAGUUCAUGGCGGACCCCACGGCGGCGAUGAAAGCGGUGCUGUCGAGUUUGAAACGAGGUGGACAUUUCACGUGCGCGGUCUGGGCGCCCGCGAAUUCGAGCGAGAAUCAAAUCAUCUACCACCUCGGCGAGGCGCUCAGAGACGUCGGGCGCGAAGACUGGGUCGACGUCGCCGUGAAACCGAUGAGCUGGUCCAACACCGACAGUCGCGGAGUGUCGAAAUUAGAAGAUUGCUUGAUCGAAGCGGGGUUCAUCAAUCCCGACGUCGCGUGCGAGGACGGCACGUUCGCUUUCGAUGACUUGACCCAAGCCGUGGACAUUGCCAAAGUCGGCCCCUACGGCGAAGAGUUGGCGUCGGACGACGCCUUGUGGAGGGAAUUUUCCGAAAACUUCCGCGCGCGUUUGAAGAUGUACGUGCAAGAAGACGGCCGCGUCGUCGUUCCCGCGCGCUCUUUCAUCGGUCACGGCGUCGCGCCGUGGAAUUAG